CCUAGAUUCCCAACUCUGUUUCCCCCUGUCAGAGAAACUCCCCAACUCAGCCAACCCACCCCAUUCAUUAAAACUCUCCUCCUUCUUCGCUCUUCUUCUUUGCUCUGCCAUUUCUUCAAGCUGAAGAACAAUGGUGGGAACAGAGCAAUCUCCACCUGGUAAUAAUCACCAGCAGCAAGUGGAUGAUGAGAAGCUAGCAAAGCAGAAAGCAAUUGAUGAGUGGCUUCCAAUCACUGGCUCAAGGAAUGCCAAAUGGUGGUAUUCUGCUUUCCACAAUGUCACUGCCAUGGUUGGAGCUGGAGUUCUCAGUCUCCCUUAUGCCAUGUCUGAGCUUGGAUGGGGUCCAGGAGUUGUAAUCCUGGUGCUGUCAUGGGUCAUCACACUCUACACACUCUGGCAGAUGGUGGAGAUGCACGAGAUGGUGCCCGGGAAGCGAUUCGAUCGAUACCAUGAGCUCGGCCAGCAUGCAUUUGGAGAGAAGCUUGGCCUCUACAUUGUUGUGCCACAGCAGCUCAUAUGCGAAGUUGGUGUCUGCAUUGUGUACAUGGUCACAGGAGGUAAAUCACUCAAGAAGUUCCAUGACACAGUCUGCCCAGACUGUAAGAACAUCAAGGUGACCUUCUUCAUCAUGAUUUUCGCCUCCGUCCACUUUGUCCUCUCCCAUUUGCCAAACUUCAACUCCAUCUCUGGUGUCUCCCUAGCUGCUGCAGUCAUGUCACUGAGUUACUCCACCAUUGCAUGGUCAGCAUCAUUGCAUAAGGGUGUCCAGCCAGAUGUUCAAUAUGGUUACAAGGCCAAGAGCACAACAGGAACAGUAUUCAACUUCUUGAGUGCUUUGGGAGAUGUUGCGUUUGCAUAUGCAGGGCACAAUGUGGUGUUGGAGAUUCAAGCAACGAUUCCAUCCACGCCAGAGAAGCCAUCGAAGGGCCCCAUGUGGAAAGGAGUGCUAGUUGCAUACAUUGUUGUGGCACUCUGCUACUUCCCAGUUGCCUUAAUUGGAUACUGGAUGUAUGGGAACUCGGUUCAGGACAACAUCCUUAUCUCCUUGGAGAAGCCUUCUUGGCUCAUCGCCAUGGCCAACAUGUUUGUUGUCAUCCAUGUCAUUGGUAGCUACCAGGUAAGGCCAGAAAGAAACCAGUAAUUCCUUGUUGUUUGGGGUUGCUAAAGAAUCGAAUAAGCUAGUGACACCGAAGUUGAAUAAUCGUUCAUGCAACUGACCCAACAUUGUGUCUGACAUGCUGAUAAAUGUCUUAUGCUUUGAUGCAGAUCUAUGCAAUGCCUGUGUUUGACAUGAUGGAAACCUUGUUGGUCAAGAAACUUAACUUCACACCCAGCUGGAUGCUUAGGUUCUGCGUUCGCAACUUCUAUGUUGCAAUGACUAUGUUCGUUGGUAUCACCUUCCCCUUCUUUGGUGGCCUCCUCGGUUUCUUCGGAGGGUUUGCUUUUGCACCAACCACAUACUUUCUGCCUUGUGUAAUGUGGCUAGCCAUCUACAAGCCAAAGAAGUUCGGCUUAUCUUGGUGGGCCAAUUGGGUCUGCAUUGUGUUUGGAGUGUUGCUGAUGGUCCUCUCACCAAUUGGUGGGUUGAGGUCAAUCAUCAUUCAAGCUAAGACCUACAAGUUCUAUAAUUGAAGCAUUAUAUCGAUCGAUCGAUAACACGAGAAACCCAGGGAAACAUCAUAGGUUGGGGGUGAAACGUUUGGGAGUAUUGCACAGCAGCAAAGUAGUUGGGUUAAGGUGUUAAACAAACAAGAAAGAGUAGUUUGAUGUGCAGUUUCGUUAAUGUCUGAUUUGUUUCUCCUUCUGUUUGUGGUUUGUUUAUGAGAGAUAUGGUGGUGAUGUAAUGAUGGGGGAGGGUUAUAAUAUUGGGUUUUACAGAAGAAAACAGAAAUAUGAUGAGGUUUCUGAAACUGACCCUUUACUACUUUACCAUACAGUGUCUUGAUUAAUGAAAGUGAAAGCCAUUUGAUACAAGAGUUGAAUUUGUCAAACACUUGCCCACCCUUUUUGGUUUAAGCUCUUUUGUCUUUCUUCCUCCG